UAGCCGUAGGGUUUUGUCUUUCCAGUUUCUAGAUUCCUUUAAAAAAACCAACAAAAACAACCCUCUCCCUUCCUCUCUCAAACUCCGAGAACCUUUCCAAUCUAAAAAACUAGGGCUAUUGUAGGGUUUAAGCCCCCACCCAAAAAAUCCCAAAACCCAAAAAGAACCAAACUUUCUAAUAAUUCCCCAAUUCACAUAAAUUGCUAGAAAAAUCAAGACUUUUGAAACCCUAGUAAAGAACCCACCAAAUGGUUCGGUCUCGUGGCGUCAAGCUUGUUGGUUGGCUCGCUCGCCGUUCUCUCCCCUUCAACCUCCUCGAAGAUUCUGCUGAUUCCGUAUACAAGAGUGUACUAAGUGGGAGUUUUAGGAGAUUGAGCGGUACUGCUGGGGUUUAUAAUCCUGUUAGGUCUAUUGGCAAUCACACUCAUAAAAAUGUUAACCAAAAAAAUUGGUUGCUAUUGGGAGCUUUAAAUGCAAAUUUUGGUGCUGCGAGGUCAAUUCAUGGCUCUGCUCAUAUGUCCAAAGAUUAUUAUGAUGUACUUGGCAUUAGCAAGAAUGCUAGUGCAUCUGAUAUAAAGAAAGCUUAUUAUGGGCUGGCAAAGAAGCUCCAUCCUGAUACAAACAAAGAUGAUCCUGAAGCUGAAAAGAAGUUUCAAGAAGUUUCAAAGGCCUAUGAGGUUUUGAAAGAUGAUCAAAAGCGGGAACAAUAUGAUCAGCUAGGCCAUGACGCAUUUGAAAACCAAGAUAAUUAUCAGCCUGGUGGACCAGGAUUUGAGAGUCCAUUUGGUGACUUCUUCAGAAUGGAAGAUAUAUUCAGCAAUAUAUUUAGACAGAAUGUUGCUGGCCAAGAUGUCAAGGUUUCCAUUGAACUUUCCUUCAUGGAAGCUGUUCAGGGAUGCACCAAAACUAUUACAUUUCAGACUGAUGUGGCUUGUGAAGCUUGUGGUGGAGAAGGUGUUCCUCCAGGAGUAAAACCUCAAAUGUGUAAACGCUGUAAAGGCAGAGGCGUGAUAUCUACGCAAAAGGGUUUUUUCAGUUUUCAGCAGACAUGUGAUCAGUGUGGCGGAACUGGGCAAACUGUUUCGAGUUUUUGCAGGUCUUGCCAUGGACGCAAAGUAGUGAGAGGAUCAAAGACAAUUUCAUUGAACAUUCCAACAGGAGUGGAUGACAAUGAGACUAUGAAGCUCCCUAGAAGUGGCGGAGCAGACCCAGAGAAAAAUCAACCUGGGGAUCUCUAUGUUACAAUCAAGGUCCGCGAAGACCCUGUUUUCCGAAGAGAAGGCUCUAACAUUCAUGUUGAUGCUGUUCUAGGCAUUACCCAGGCAAUUUUGGGGGGAACCAUCCAAGUUCCAACUCUCACAGGAGAUGUUGUACUCAAGGUCCGCCCUGGCACCCAACCUGGUCAGAAGGUGGUUCUGAAGAAUAAAGGGAUUAAAGCACGGGCCUCUUACUCAUUUGGUGAUCAGUUUGUGCACUUCAAUGUCAAAAUUCCAACGACUUUGACCCCAAGACAGCGUGAAUUGAUUGAGGAGUUUGCCAAAGAAGAACAAGGUGAAUGUGACAAUCGUGCUGCUGGAGCAUCUGGGUGAGGCCAUGGCCUAGGAAAAGAAAAAUCUCGAAGAACAGCGAAAAACCAGGUAUUGGAGUUUUCAUCUGGUGCUCUUCGCAUAUUCUGCCUGAUAGCCAGCCAUGAGAGGAUGGAUCUUUUAUUAGAAGAGAACUGGGAGAAAUUCCAAUACGAGGGGCGUUGCCUGAGUUAUCAGAGAAACUGCCUUCAGAGCCGAUGAUAGAUUGCAUGGAGGCACCUUAGUGCAUCGCCAGCCGGGUGGGGUGGUAAAACGAGCCCAUGCCCUUGCUAGCUGUUGCCUGCGUCCAAUUCAAUUCAGCUGGAUGUUACCCGCUGGCGGUUUGCAAAGGUUUCAACGAAACCAUCACGUUUGACAAAAGUUUGACACCGCUCCCAAGCACGAGAACACUUCCCACCCGACAUCUUUUGCUUGUUGCAUUGUAGAGAAGAGAGUUAGAUUUUGCAGAGCAGCAACGCAGCAAGAUCGUUCCAGGUAACCAAAAGCCCAGAUAUCAAGUUCAAGUGAAAGCGCCAGGCACAUGAAUUCAUCACUUGUGAGUCCCGCUCUAUACGGUCAUAUUUGUUUUUUUUUAUUUGAUUUAAUAUUAUAUGGUCAUAUUAAAUCUUUUUAUUAUUUCAUCUUAGAUCUAAAACUCAAGGGUGUAAAUAAUAGGUUUGGGUAUGCCAGGCGUUACACAAGUGAUUUGAGUUGUUUUCUCUUGCUCAAAUGAAUAUUGUUGUUGAUUUGUCUCUCAUUUAUUUUUCAAUUCUUCUA